AUGUUUCCCUCCAUCCCACCUCCACCCCCGGCUCCCUGUCUCCUCCAGUGCUCACCUGAGGACGCUCUGAGUCCUGUGGACGUCCAGGUGAUCGUCUCCUUUGAGGGGGUUCCUAUACAGACUGCAGACGGCCUGGUACCACAGCUGGCCAGCGGCCCCAUUAAAGUCACAGACCACAAGUUAAAUUUUGAGAUCGACUGUGGAGAAGACAAAGUCUGUGAAGACAACGUGCGAGUUGACAUUUCUGGGUCCUCCACCAUAGAGGUGGGCAUUGCACAGGAGAUGAAUGUGACGGUGAUGGUGGAGAAUAGAGGAGAAAACUCCUACAACACCCGUGUGUCUCUGUCCUACCCUCACGGCCUCUCCUACAGGACCUUCACCAAGACCCAGGGCAGAGUGGAGUGCAGUUCUCUAGACCAUCGGUUCCCAAACUGGGGUAUUACAAGUUCAUCCUCAUCAGACGGUUCACCCUCAUCAGUUGCGUUUGGCCUCUGA